AUGAAGAUCAGUGACUUCGAGGUUAGGCGCGUCUUGGUAGAUUCAAGAAGCAUGGCCAAUAUCUUGUUCAAGGACACCUUUGACAAGCUACAGGUCCGGGAAAGCAACAUCCAGCCCAUGAGUACUCCUCUGGUGGGCUUCAACGGAGAAGAAGUCAAGCCCCUCGGACGAAUUUCAGUACCUGUGGAGGUUGGCAUGUGGCCCAACAUCACGAGGUUUAAGCAUACCUUCUUGGUGGUCGCGACUCCCUCCCCGUACAAUGCCAUCAUAGGGCGGCCCAUCAACCACGCACUUCGUGCAGUGGUGUCUACCUACUAUUUGGCCAUGAAGUUCCCCAUGGACUUCGGGGUAGGGGUAGUAUGGGGUGACCAGCUCAAGUCUCGAAAAUGCUACAUCGUGGCCCUCAAAGAGAAAGCCAGGUUGGCGGAUGAUGUCAAGCUAGAGCGGCCUGUGGAGUAUCCUGAGGAGCGAGCCACGCCAACCGAAGAGACGAUUCACAUCCUGACCUUGAAAGAAGAUCUGGCCAGAACUCUCUAG